CGGGAGCGCAGUAGCUUCGACUCCGGGGUGACAGUAUCGAACUCGAGCAGCCGAUUCACCCGAUACGAGACGCCGCCGAGGUCGAGGACGGCCAGUUGUUACUCGCGCGCGUCCGGGGGCGGAAGCACGCCUGGCGCCAGUCCGGCUCAUCCGACCGCCAUGUCCCGCAGCAGCAGGCGCUCCUAUCAGGAAGCGUAUUACGACGGGGACUACAGCGAGCCGGCCCCGCGCCGUUUCCGCAGCUACGACGAGUUCAGCCAGGGGAGCGGGGCCAGCCACGACGAUUACCAGAGCAGCGUGCUCGCCGACGGCAAGCUCAACGACGACGACUGUCCACCGCCGUCUCGUCGGCACGCGGUCCAAAGCGUAGUGACCAGCGUGGACCCACCGGCGCCACCGCCGCCCCCGUUGCUACCACCUCCGGACAUUCGCCAUCUCCAGAAAGAGCGGGUACACCUGUUGGAGCAGCUCGAGGAGUGUCACAGCAGCGGGGACGAGGUCGGAUUCGCGCCAAAGAAACGCGCGAAGCUCGACGGAACGUCGUCCACCACGACCAUACUGUGCGAGGACGACGAGCCGGAGAUCGCCUCGUUGCUGGUUACCUCGCACUCGAGCAGAAAAGGCAUGGACAUUCGACGAGUCAGCGACAGCAAAGUGGUCGUGCACCAUGGCACCAGAAGAGGGAGCUGCGAAGGGAGAGGACCAGGACUAUGCAAGCGUCGCCGCGACGUCACCAGCAGGCAUCACGAACAUCACGACGGAUCGCGGCCAGGAACUCCGUUGGUGGACGAAAGGCCGGAGAAUUUGGUGCCGAGCGAACCGAGACGAUUUCGCGAGAGAAGUCACGACGGCCCUCUCUCGUUACCGUUGCCAAGGUUCGCGGCUCAAAUGUUGAACAACACCAACAACAACAAUACCAGCAGCAACAAUAACAACAACAACAAUACCACCACCACUAACAACAACAACAGUAGCAGCAGCAGCAGCAGCAGCAGCAGCAACGUCAACAGCGGUAACAGUACCGGUAGCAGCAAUAAUAAUAGCAGUAGCGGUCGGACGAGCAAUUCGAGUCUGGCGAAAGUGGUGACCAGUCCACCGUGUGCCAAUUCGUCAACGGCGCCGAGUCCUCGAACGGCGGUACAGCCACCGGCGUCGCCGCCGCCGCCGCCACCACCACCUCCUCGUCAUCCGAGCCCGAGCCCGACCAGCUCCGACAGUGAGACGGCGCCCCAGUCACCCAGCCUCGAGGAAAGGAUACGCUCCCUCGACGAGAAGUACGAGAAGUGGUCGGGAUCGAGGGCGUUGAGCGCCGCAGGGGGCGAUGCUCUGGCCAAGCUCGACGCCACCGCGUCCGAGAGGUUCAGAUUUCGGCACAAGUUGCUCGACUUGGAUCUGCACGAGGUACAGCCCAGCGACAUCGUCAAGUCGGUGUUGGCCAAGAGGAGCGUGUUCGACGAGGACUCGAAGCGUCUGGAGAACUUUAACGAAAAGUACGAGCCGAGAGAGUUCACCGGCGUGAUCAGCGGCGUCACCGGUUCAAUGAUCGGUGGUGGUGGUGGUGGUGGUGGCGGUGGUGGUGGUGGCACGAGUAGCAGUAGCAGCCUCGCGGCGUCCAGCGGCGGUGGCUGCACCGGCAAAGUUUGUCUGCAGUAUCCGUUUCCUAGUCAUCCACCGGUACAGUUGGCUAACAGCAGCGGCGGCGGCGGCAACAACAACAGCACCAGCAGCCUCGCGGCGUCGUCGGGUUUGACGUUCACGUCGGCGUUGAAGACGCCGGAUCCGCGAACGGGGAUACAACAGCACAACUGCGUUCAUCCAACGCCGACCACGCCGAUCACACCCGGCACGUCGAUCAAGACCGUCAGCCCCGAAUUACCGCCUGUUUCUCUACCGAUCGGCCUUGGUAGCGGAACGGCAGCCACUAGCGGCAACAGUAGCGGUUUAGCCUCAGCGUGUAGUAAUCUUAGCAACAACGGUAGCAUAAGUAGCAUUCACGCUCUCGGAGCCUCUACCGCCAGAGGAUCAUCGAUCGGUAGUAGUAUCGGCGUUUCUUCCUCCACGCCAGUCGCCGCCAUCGCCGCCGCGUCGUCGCUCGUUUCCUCAACGACGACGACAACAACGACUGCAACGACAACGACGUCGACACCGUCGACGAUUUCUACCACCUCGAUGGCAACGUCGAUCGUCACGACCACGCAAAUCAUCGUCACCACCGCGGCAAGCGUCGCGUCGUCCAUAUCGAGCAGCCAGAAGGACGUGAAGGACAGCAGAGAGGCGAAGUACGGCGGCGGCAGCAACAAGAGCGGCAAGGAUUGCCAGAGAAAGUCGCGAAAGGAGGAUGUCGUCGUGGACAUUGAGAAGAGCCGCAAAGACCGCGAGGAGAAGGACGGAGGAGGCGGUGGCGGCGGCGGCGGCGGCGGCGGCGGGGGAGAACGACAGAUACCGAACGACGUCGACAGCGAGGGAGUAGGCCACGCUGUGAGGGAGAGAGAGUCGUCAAAGGAGAUCAGCAUCAGCAUCAGCAUCAGCAAAGAGAUGCGUCACGAGAGGAAGGAGAGAGAGGAGAAGGAACGGAAGGAGAAGGAGAAGGAGAAGGAGAAGGAGGAUCGCGAGAGGCAAGAGAGGCGAGAGAAAGACGAGGAGAGGCGGCUAGACAAGGAACGGCUAGAGAAGGAGAAGCGAGAGAGGGAGGAGAGAGAGCGGGAGAGAAAGGAACGGGAAGAGAGCGAGGCGAGGGAGAAGGAGAGAAGGGAGAAGGAACGAUUGGACCGCGAGAAGAGAGAACGGGAAGAAAAGGAGCGACAGGAGCGUCGAGAGAGGGAAGAACGGGAGAGGAAAGAGCGGGAAAUUCGUUUGGAGCGUGAAAAGCAGGAGAAAGAACGACUGAGGAAGGAAAAGGAGGAGCAAGAGAGGCGGGAGAAGGAGGAGCGCGACAGGCUGGAACGAGAGAGGAGGCGGGAAGAGAAAGAACGGCUGGAGAGGGAGAGGAAGCGCGAGAAAGAAGAGAAGGAACGACUGGAGAAGGAACGACGGAAAGAAAAGGAGAAGGAGAAGGAGAAAGAGAAAGAGGAACGAGAACGAGCGGAGAGGGAGAAACGCGAGAAGGAGGAGAGAGAGAGGCUGGAACGGGAGAAGCACGAUCGGGAAAAGAGGAGAGAGCGCGAGGAUCAGGAAAGACGGGAGAAGGAAAAGUCCGAGCGGGAGAAACGAAGGGGCGAUAGGGACGAGAAGGAGAAGGAGAAGAAAGAUCGCGAAGAGAGCAGGCGUCAGCAACAACAGCAGCAACAGCAGCAGCAACAACAACAGCAGCAGCAGCAGCAGCAGCAGCAGCAGCAGCAGCAGCAGCAGCAUCAACAAUCGAUCGUGGAGAAUCAUCUGCUGCACCAGUCUCAGAAUCAAAUCUCUCCCGGGCCGGUGUCGAUCAAGCGACGAUGCUCGUCGCAGGACUGCCCGACCGAGGACGACGCGAAACGCAUGAAGAUCAGCGAGCACAGACGGGACAGCAAAGACCGGCCUAGACAGAACCGAAGAUCCGAGGAUCGUAAACACCGGAACGACUCGCACAGAUCCAGCCGCGAGAGCAGGGAGAGCCGCGAGGGGAAAGAGAGUAGCGUGGCCGUUGGAUCGACGCAGGUUCAAGACACCAGGGAACAACAGGGUGGCAGUGUCGGUGGUAGUAGUAGCGGUCACUCGGUCGAGGUAAGCUCGACGAGAGAGUCGACCAGAGAGAACCGAGAGACUACCAGCAGUAGUCGCGAGAGUAGUGGAAAGGAGAAACAGCGAAGCAAGAGGAAUCGCUCGGAGAAGGAAUCCAGAGAGCGAAGCCCAAGGCACCACCAACAGUCUUCCGCGAACUUGCACAGCGACGUUGACGACGGCCCGCUGCUGUCGACGCCCGACAUUCAGGUAGUCAACAGGCAUCCGUCGGCCACCGACACCGACAGCGACGAGCCCAAGAAACACUCGAUCUUCGACAUCGUCGACGACGAGCCCGCGUACAUCAGCAUGUACGACAAGGUGAAGGCGCGCUCGACCAAGAACAUGCAAAAACUCGAGGAGGAGAAGCGGCAGGUGCGCCUGAAGGACAAGUUCUCGCAGCUGAAGCAGAGUCGAGCCAGGCGGGAGGAGAAGAAGCAGAGUACCUCGUGGGACGGGGACUCGGUGUCGAGCAAGGCUCUGACGGAGGACGAGGCCACCUCGGAGUCGGACUCGGCCAGGGCCAAGUCUUUGUCCCGAAAGAGUUCCAGGUCUCGGAUUCACUCGGACACCAGCGAGGAGGAGGAGCCGCCUCCGUCGUUCAACAAGAUUCGAAAGGUGGUGAAGACCGUCGCCGAGAGAUUCUUGGAGAGCGACGUGGAUCUCGGAUCCUUCGCCGAUACCGAGGAGAAGCACAACGACGAGCCGCGCACCUCGGACGAUGACGAACGAAUCGCCGUUUCGUUCAAUCGUGGCAGCAAUAGUGCUGCCGGUGGUGGCCAUCAUCCGGCGGCGAUGGUGAUCAAUAAUCACGAGCGAGACUCGUCGCGGAAAAAGUCACACAAGAAGAAGCAGAAGCGGCAGAAGAACUCGACGCCGAACGACGACAAUCCACCGACGAAGACGACGAACACCGCGGCCGACUCGUCGGACCCGAUCGAGCACAAGAGUAGCAGCAGUAGCAAGUCGAGCGUCGCGGCGAGUAACACGGCGGCGACGACCGAUUGUCGCCUGGCGAAUCACGCGUCCGAGUCGUCGUCGACAACGACCACGACCACGACCACGACCACGACCAUGACAACACCAGUGGCCGCCGUCAUCACUGCAACCUCGUUGGAGACGACCGAGGAGAGGAUAAGAUCAGACAGGAGACAACGGACGAAAAAGGACAAGAGGAAGGAGAGAAAGCAAGACGCGGACGAGAAAGCAAGGAUACGGAGAAAGAGGCUAAACAGACAGGAGGCUAGAGACUCGCAACGCAUGGAGGACAUAUUUGGCCCGUUGUCCGACGACGUCGACGACGUUGCUCCCUCCAACAACGCGCUGUUCGAUCGACUGGCCAAUAACGCGUACGCGUCGGACAGCGACGGCGAUCGCGGCAGCCCGGCGUUGGACGUAGUGGAGCGCGCGGGACGGGAGAUCGAGGCGAACCUGCGUGAAUUUGAACUGCCCAGUUCGCCCAAGUCGGGCAUCACGUGCACCGACACCGCCAACGACCACGACGUAUUUCGAUUCACCGACGACAACGACAGCGUCGAACCGUCCACGCCAUCGUCCACCGCCAUCACCGACAAGGUCAAGGAGAAGAAGAAGAAGAGGAAAAAAUCGAAGGAGGAACGAAGUCGGAAGGAUUACCAUCACCACCACCAUCACCAUCAUCAUCACCAUCACGAGAAAAGCGGCGGCGGCGGCGGCGACGACGAGUUACCGUAUCUGGGGAUGAUGGCAGAUCCCAGUCCUCCGAGAGCCAGUAGCCCGUUGAUCUCAAAGACGAUGUCGUCGCCUACUCUACCUACGCCGAGGGACGUUCUGCUCAGUCCCAUUCCCAAGGUGUCGUCCAACAGCAGCAGCAGCUACGCGGCGCCAACGACCACCACCAUGACGACGAUGACCGCGUUGUCGUCGGUACCACCACCACCACCACCGCCACCAUCACUACCACCACCACCACCGACGACGGUGGCGGCCAGCAGCUCCGUCGGGAGCAACGGCUCCUCCAGUGGAGGCGGCAGCAACGUCGUCGUCCAGUCGGCCUCGAAACCAGAGAGGAAGAAGAAGGAUAGCAACAACAAGUUCAUCCCGGGUUUCGGCAUCGAGAUCGACGAGACCAUCCACGAGAACGCGGUGAAGAGCAUCUCGGAGCCGGAGGAGCGCGAGAGCGGCAACGGCGGCCGAGACGAGCCAGCGGAGGUGGUGGCGAUCGCGUCGACGACGCCGCCCGCUCAUACCGAGGACAAGCCGCGAGUGGCGAUCUCUCAGGAGGAGACGGAAGACGCGGUGGCCGCCCUGCUGGAGGAAACGUUCGGCGGCUCGACCGAGGACUUUUCGUACGAGGGUGAGGAGGAGGACGUCGAGGCAGAGGACGCUGUCGGAGCGCCAGCCGAGGCGCCUCAGGAGGAGGACGACGUCGAGGAGAUGCAGCAAGCGGUGGAGAGCCUGAACGCCUCGACCGGCGACAUCGCCGAGACGGACAUCAAACCACCGGACACGCCUCAGAGCGAGCACGACCUGCAGAUCGACACCGACACCGAGGAGGAUCCGAAUUACGAAACUUUCGACCUGAGCCAACCACCGAAAACCCCGGACAUUCCGUCGUUCUACAAAUCACCGACCAAGACUCCGACCACCGCCGCCGUCGCCGUCGCCGUCGCCGUUACUACGGUGGCUAGCAGCGUAACCGAGAAGGCGAUCGAGGCGCGCAGAUCGUCGUCCGUACCCGGCGCAAAGUCGCCGACCAGUCCACCGACCUCCGUCAUCGCUCACUCGUGGAACUUGAACGAGAAUCUGAAGCGGGAGAUGCUCAAAACUGUGCAAACGGUUGUCGAGAACGUCGACGAGGAGAUGACCGAGGAGACGAACAACAACCCGCAAGCGCGUCGCGCCUCCACCACCACCACCACCACCACUACCACCUCGCCGCCUUCGCAGUACAAACAGCCGGUGUCCUUGGGUCCGUGCAGCGUGCCGAUCACCAGCGAAACGCCUAGAAUAGCCGCGAUCAGUCCCAGGCCACCACCUCCGUCAUCAGCACCACUGCAAAACAUCUCCGCGGUUUCCACGUCGGCUUCCAGCAUUCAGCAGCAGGUACCGCCGUUGUUGCCGCCGUUGGUUCCGUCGAGGAUGCCACCGUUGGUGCCCUCGCAACAGUCGCCGAGAACGUUGCAGCCGCUCUCGCCAAACGGCCAAUGGUCUCGAAACUCCGCACUUGGCUCUCACGUGCCGAGCCACGCGCCUGGCAUGAGAGCUCUAGCGCCCAGUCAUCCGAGGGGUGGCUUGCCACCGUUGACGCUCAACAUUCCGCAUCGUCCUUACAUGGCUGUGCCGCCGUUGGCUCCUGGUGGCGUGCAAGUCAAGAGCAGCGGCGGCGGCGGCGGCAAGUCCGUCAUCGAGACGUUGCUCCCGGCUAAUCCGAACGAUCCUCCGCAACGUUUGGACGAGCCGAAAUUGUCGCCGGCUGUUAUACCAGAACCAACCAACAAGGCCUCCACCUCGCCCAAGGUCCCGUCGCCUAACCAGCCGCCCACCUACAUCCCAGAAACGGCCAAGAUCGAGAUCAACGCCGGCGGCACCACGUCCAACCUGGUGGUAUUCGGGAAAUCGGCCAGCGUCGGAGAAACUUGCUCCUCUCUGUCAUCCAGAGCUCAGAAACAAUUGUCUGCCGACAACAAUCUGCUGUCGCCUAGGCAGAAGCAAGAGAUGGCGAGCCUUCAGCUUUUGACCACCCACGUGCCACGUUCGUCCACGCCUAGCCCCGUGAUUGUCGCUCACGGACAGUCCCACCUGGUCCACAAGUCCGUCGUACACACCGUCGGAGCGUCCGCGGUUUCCUCGACGAAUCAACCGUUGAUCAAGACGGUGGUACCCGUAUCAGUUCCCCAGCAGCAGCAACAGCAACAGCAACAGCAACAGCAACAGAUCACGUCCACCGUGACGACAAUGGUGACGCAGUCCGAGGAGAAGUGCGUGAUCGCGCCGACCUCGCUGUCAUCUCUCAACACCACCGGCCAGAGGCACUCGCCGAUUCUGCAACCGAGUCACCACGUCGCCAAGCAGCCGCAGCAAGCGGCCAUCGUCGCCAGAACGACGACCGUACCAUCCUCCGUCGUCGAGCAACAAAACAACAAUCACCACCCAUCACCCAUCACUACCGCCAGCGUCGUCGAGCAGCAGCAGCGCCUACCGUCGGAGCAAGAGUUGUUGCACGUCGAUCCGCAGGAAGCGCAGAACGCGCAAACGGCCCAACCAAUGCAACUCACUCCUCCGGUGCAACCCACUCAGCCGAUCGUCGACGUUGUUGCGAAGGACGAGCCGUCCGACGUCACCAAGCACGAGAAUAAUCAAGCAAUCAAGCUGGAGUUCUCGAGCAACGAGUCCGAAUACUGCCACCACCACCGCCACCAUCAUCACCACCACCAUCAUCAUCACUACCACCACUCGGUAGAUUUAAAACCACCAAAGCUCGAACAGCAACCGGUCAAGUCGGAAAAGUUCGAACCGUCCUGCCUCGAGGAGCAGGAGGAGGACGAUCGCCUCGUCGUUGCGAAAAAGUCGAUGGAAGUGGAGAUUCCGUCGUCGAUCAAAUCUGAGUUGAAGGAAGAGGAGGCGGAGGAGGAGGAGGUAGAAGAAGAAGAAGUGGAGGAGGAAGAGGAGGAGGAAGAAGAGGAGGAGAUGGCGAAGGAGAACGAGGAAGCGGACUUGGAGGAAGAACCGGCGGAGGAUCCGUUGAAAGAACCGAGCACCGAUCCCCUGGCCAUCGACGCGGCGUCCAUCAACAAGGAGGAUCCGGCCGACGCGAAGGAGGACAGCGACUACUGGUCGGCGAAGGAGGUGAACAUCGAGAGCGUGAUAAAGAAGGUGGACGCGCUGUGCGACGGCGAGGGCAACGACGACGACGGCGACGACGACGACGGUGACGGUGACGGUGACGGUGACGGUGACGGUGACGGUGACGACGAGGAGACGACGACCGUGCGACGACCGUCGAGUCAACGCGUAGGAGGAAGCGAGGAACGCAGGGAACAACAACAGCAGUCGACGAAGCAGGCAAAGACCAACGAACAGCCCGAGUGGUUCGAACAGCGUGCGGCAGCGGACGUUUCCAGCGAACCGGAGCCGAAGAAGAACUUGAGCAGCAGCAGUCGCCGAGGGCGAGCCAAGAGCAGCAGGCGUGGAGGGGGCAGUAGCCGCGGCGGCGUGACCACCAGAAGGAGCAGCCGAAACACCGCUGCCACCGCGGUGCACAAACGGGGAGCCAGAACGUCCCGGGGAAGCAAGCUUCACGUGGAGAAGAACAAACUGCCGGCGGACGUGUACGAGUUCCACGACGACAGCGAGGAGGACAACGCGGGACGGCCGCGGCUGAUACUCACGAUCAAGUCGCCGGUGCCGAGCUUGACGGGGCCGAACGCGCACCCGGCAACGCCGAUCGCCGCGGUGAAGGAAGUGCCGCCGGAGGAGUUUGCUCCCCCGCCAGCGGCCAACAUCAGAAAGUCGAGAAGACUGGCCGAGAGGGACGGAAUUCGAAACACGGUCGACGACGUGAUCGAGGACGUGGUGCGUGGCACCGCGUCGAACAAAGGGGCGAUCGGUGGUGGAUCCGCGGCAGGGAUGCACGUCCACGCCACCAGGCGAAGCACCAGACACAACAACUCUCCUCGCAACGUGCAGACCACCGUGCAACUGGCCGAACCUCGCAAGUCACCGCGAGGCGUUCGCGGCAAAUCCGCGAUGCGCAGAACUUCCGAGAACGACGACGACCGUACCACCGACGACGAAGACGAGACUGCUGCACCAAAGCCCGAGGAAACGAGCCAGCAACAACAGCAACAGCAACAACAACAGUCUGUCGCCACUGCUCCGUCACCUACGCAAAAGUCGAUUUCUCACGAACCGAUGACGCUGAUCGAUCCGGUGACUGGAAUGCUUAUACCGAUGAGAGAGUCGGAAGAAGGUCAGUAUAUUCCGGUAUCCACGGCUUCCGGACAGACGCAAGCGGUCGUAGGCGGUAGAGCCACCUGCGAGUCGAGAAACAUCAUCCCGGCUUCGACGCCCAACAUCACCGAGGCGUUGCCGCGAGCGAAAGCUCCUCCUUCUCAGCCGGAGAACCUGACCGUUGCCGAGGAACUGAAGAAGGAACAAGCUACAGAGCUACUACAUCACGCUCAACAGAUUCAACCGCAGACCAGCGUCAUCACGAAACCGCAGUCGCCGGCGGUUCAAGUCACCUCCGUCGCCAUUUCCACCACGACUGCUGCCACUUUAGCUACGACAGCCAUUCCACAGACGACGCCACCAACAGCAGCAGCUACCCCGUCGAAACCCACGAGUCUCAAGGCUCACGUUUUGAACGCUAGCAAGCUAGCUACUCCGGUGCAGCAACAACAGCAGCAAGUGGUUAUCACCAAACCGACGACGGCUGCCAGCAUGGUUGGCCAGUCGGUGGUGCUGCAGCCGUCGAAUCUCAUAAAACCGGCGCAACCGGCCGUCCAAGCUUUGCAUCUGCAAGUUUCCAGCAACAGAGUAGCAUCGCCGAGUUUGAGUCCCCGCACGAAGCAGACGACGGUGGCGCAGAUCGCUGCUGCGAACGGAGGGAAAGGUCAAGGGCAACCCAUGUCGCCGGUAUUGAACAACACCGGCGCCCCACCGAAUCCCAAGCAACAUCUCUUGCAAGCGGCCAAGCAGCAGCAGACGUCCACGAUAAUGAACCUCCCUCAGAAAUUGGCCAUGAACGUCCAACCGGCUAGCGCGACACCGCCGACACCGCCGACACCGAGAAUCCAUCAGCCUGUGGUCUCCCAACCGACGGCGCUCAAGGCCAUCAACGGGCAGCCCCACCCUCUGAAUCCGAAGGCCCACUUGCUGCAGGCAGUGGUGCCGCCGAUGGUCGUGGCCAAUCCACCCACUCAGCCGCACCUGAUGAACCCCCCUCAGCCUGGCAGCGUCAGCUGCUCGAGACCUCCAGCACCGAAACCAUCGCCGAUAACGGGUCCGAUGGAGCCACCGAAAGUAGAAGUGUCGAUGUCCGGUUGCAUCAUGGUUCCAACUGCGAGCCCUCAGGCACGAGGAGUACCGAUAUCGACGUACGAAGGACCACUGCAUGGGAGUGCGGGUGCUGCUCCAUCGCCAGGGGGCCAAUAUGGACUUGUUCCCCCGCAUCGAUCCCAGAGUCCUCCAUUGCCCCCACCUGCCCAUCAUCAUGCUAACGCUUCUCAGGGUGAAGUUGUCAAUCACUACGGAGGGCUGACCAGAGGCGGAGAACUGCCUCCGCACUACAUGCACCAUUCACAAAUAUUGCAGUAUCAGUACCUGCGCGCGCAACAGGAAGCCCUGACGGCCCCGCGCAUAGCCUACCACAUUCAAGAGACCCGAUCCCCUCAUCUACCGCUAGACCCGAAACUGGAAACAGGCAUAGAGGACAGUCACAGUCCACCGUUGGAACUGAGACGCAGCGCGAGGACACCGCAAGAUCGUACCACCGACAGUCCUCAAGUGGCUCAAGUGUACAUGAUGCACGGAACGGUGAGGUUACCACCGCCUCCACCGCCACCGCCACCGCCUCCGCAGUACAACGCCGGCAGUAAUCCAUCGGGAUUGACCGGCGCGCAAGCAGCAGCAGCAGCAGCCACCAGAGGCGGCUUCUACGAACCUCCGCCGGCGCAUUUACGCUCGCAGUAUCCGAUCGCCGCCAGCGAGGCGCCCAGCGACAGGGCCAUCACCCCGGACAGGCCUAGGAAACACCAAGUGGUCACGCCGCCUCACGCCUCGCAAGUGCCACCGCAAGCGGACUCCUUCCAAAUGUUGUUGCAGCGUUACCCGGUCAUGUGGCAGGGCCUGUUGGCCCUGAAAAACGACCAAGCAGCAGUCCAGAUGCAUUUCGUGUUCGGUAAUCCGAACGUGGCGAGGGACAGUUUGCCGUGCAACAGCGACGGCUCCACCCCGCCCUUGAGAAUCGCUCAGAGAAUGAGAUUGGAACAGACUCAGGUCGAAGGAGUGGCGAGGAAGAUGCAGAUGGACAACGAACACUGCAUGCUUCUCGCGCUUCCUUGCGGCCGGGACGAAGUGGACGUGCUGCAACAGAGCAAGAAUCUUCAAACCGGAUUUAUCAUGUAUCUGCAACAAAAACAGGCAGCCGGAAUUGUCAACAUCGCUGCACCAGGAUCGCAACAGCCUGCGUACGUGGUUCACAUCUUCCCGUCGUGCGAUUUCGCGAACGAGAGCCUAGCGCGAAUCGCGCCGGAUUUGCUACACCGUGUUGCAAAGAUUGCCCACUUGCUCAUCGUGAUCGCCACGGUUUGAGGCCAAUCAGUGAUCCAUUGGAUUACAAUCUACCUACACUUCUCUCGACUUCGUCACGCACUUGUAGGACGCUUCGCACGUGGCAUGAAGCCUGGAGUGUCCAUCCGACAAAGUGCCGUAUCGUACCGCGACAAACGAAGAUACGCCGCCGCCGGGAGUAUUUCCCGAGGGAAGAACGGGAGAACGGUUUCUCCCAUCCCGGGGAAGUUAUAUUAUAUCAGUGACAAUCAGACGGAAAUUCGUCGGUGAAUCGUACCCCGAUUUUCUCACUACCUAGAUCGUAGGGCCUAAAAAACGCGUUAGGGUACGGGGUUGUGUAUCAUAGAGAGGCUAGCACGGUCAAUGUCCAUACAUCACCGAGCGUGUCUUUCUUUCCCCUCCCCUCCCCCGGGUUACUUUGCGUUCGCGAGUCUCGCAUUCUGUCCUCGAAUGGGAUACACAACGACUCGCCGCACCGUUCGUCGAACUGACGACGUUUGUGAGAUCGACCGACGUCACUCUUGGUCUUUCUGACAAGCGGGUCAGGCACAACCCCAGCCCCAUUGAUGGAGACCUUCGAUUGACAAAGAUUCACGGCGAUACAUCAUCGCUGUGCAAACAGAAACGAAGGAAAGAAGAAGCAGAAAAGAAAUGAUAUGAGGUAAAAAAGGGAAACAACAACAGACGAAAAGAAAAAGAUUCGACGAAAUGAAAGCUAGAGAUUAAAGGAACAAAAGAAAAAACAAAAAAAAAA